UCUACUGAAUGAGAAAGUAAACUUGGUGAACUUUUCAGAAUUGUACAGGAUGGCUAUGGCGGAUGCGCUUCUUCCGACUGGCUUUCCUAGCAGUCAAGCUUUGGAUGAAAAACACGCUGAAAUCAUGCGAGACUGGGCCCCGGAUCAAAUGACUGUUGGCACAAAACCGCGCUUCGAAGUCGAGUUCAGCAUCGUGGAGUCCCCUCCUCUGACCAGGGACGAGGACGAGCUGUCCAGAUUCCUUGAUCUCGAGUUCAUCCUGUCCAACUCUUUGGCCUCAGAAGGCGAGCGCCGCUCCGUACCCGCUGCGUAUCCACUGCCCGAAUCACCGGAUAGCUGCAGCGCCGCGUAUGACAGCACCGAAACAACACACGGCCUUGUAGCUGAGCUUCUCAGCCCAGACAUGAGCUAUCGACCCGACCCGAGUCAAGACUUCCAGCAGAAAGCGCACUUCGACACCCCGGAAUACACCGACCUUGGCGUGCUGGGUGCCAGAAACCAGGCGCACUUGCACCUCUCUGCUCCUCACCCGGCGGCCUACAAAAUCAAAACUGAACCCCGAGAGCAGCCGUGCAUGAUGACUAACGACUACAUUGGACACUUCUAUGGACAGAAAGCGCACUGUGUGGCACCAGUACAGCCCUUCACCCAGCACGUCCACGACGCGACCCGGGACAUGCCAGAAAUGAACGUGCAUGUGGCCCAGCAGCAUCAGCAGCAGUACGCGUACCCGCACCCGCAGCAGUACCACAGCGCUCAGCACUAUCACGGACCAUACGCGGUCUUUGCGGACCCCAUGCGUGCCCAUCACCCGGCCAUGACAGGCACGGUGCUCACGCCUCCGUCAUCGCCGUUGCUCGAGCUGUUCGGCGCAGAGGAGAACAGGCCAAAGCGGGGAAGACGAGCAUGGGCGAGGAGACGCGCCGCCACGCACAGCUGCGAGUUUGCGGGCUGCGGGAAAACCUACACCAAGAGCUCGCACCUUAAAGCGCACAUGCGCACACAUACAGGUGAGAAGCCUUACCACUGUACCUGGGAGGGCUGCGGCUGGAAGUUCGCCCGGUCCGACGAGCUGACGCGCCACUACAGGAAGCACACGGGACACAGGCCCUUCCAGUGCCACCUCUGCGAGAGGGCAUUCUCCCGCUCAGACCACCUGGCCCUGCACAUGAAGAGACACAUGUGAACUCAACCAAGCGCUCAACCAAGGGACAAUCAGUUUAUAUUAAAGGAAAAUAAAAGAAAGACAAUCAAUCUACACACAUUUUCCACCUUACCUCAACUUAAAAAUUCUACUUUAGAUUUGCACUGAAGCUGUAGGGCUAAGAAGUAAUGGAAGUUCAUGAACAACAAUCACUGAAUGUGUGUGUACUUUUGAUUCUCCAACAAACUGCUCCUUAAAGACUUGCCCGCUUUGGGACGGCAGGGUUGUAAAUAUGACGAGGAUUGUGUUGAUUUUAAAUUAUAGCAGUAUUUAAGAGACGGAGAAGAGGAGGAAUUUGAUGAAGAUAAGUUAUUUAGUGUGGAUAGAUGACAGCUUUGUACAGAAACAGGGCAGGACCCAUAUUUUUGUAUAUAUAUUGCUUUAUAUUGCUUUUGUUUUAUACUUAUCUCAAGCUUGUUCAUGAAUUUAAACAGAUACAGGGAUGUCUGGCAUCUGGGUUUUAGAAAAACUCUUUAUGACUCUUUUGUAAAUGGGUUUUUUGUAUAAUGAGUUGUUUGCAUUGUUCAUAUAGGCCUACAAUUUUGUAUGAACUCAAAGACUUUCAUAUCAGGUACUAAAGCAGAGUUUUCCAAGUGCCAUGUCUGUGCAAAAGCCUUUAAACCUUUGUAAUCUGCAUACUUGAAUAUGUUUUUAUGUACAUAACCCCUGACUUACAAGCCUUAAAAUAUAAAAAUUGUUCACAUUCCA